AUGGCAGCAUUUUCUUUAUGGUCGACAGCGCCAUUUCCAGCUGAUUUCCGAGACCGGACGUGGAUCACAAAAUACGGGGCUUGCAGCCUGCACAGAUCUCGAGGAAUCCUCCCUGUGCCGCGAUAUCAGCCCAAGGCAUCUACGAUGGAGGUCUUUAUGCGCACACCAAAGCAAGGGCAUUGGCGUUCGAGUGACCACAGCGGAAAGAAAGGCUCAAAUGGUUCACAUCCCAGUUCAGAACGUCCUCGGAAGCGCGACGCAGAAACUGCGAAAGUGCGACUGCUUAAAGUCUUAAGCUCCCUCAUUAACCUUGAUUCUCAACACGGAAAAGUGGAGCAGCUCAUUUUGGAGCUUGAGAGUCUCAACGCCAAACCUGUCACUGACACGUUCACCGAGAUGGCGCUUGCAGGUGAAUGGAAACUUAUUUUCUCAUCAAUGACGACAAAGACGGACGGGAGUAUUCGAAUACGGAAAAUAGGACAAAAGAUUGAUCCGGAGAAGAAGAAAUUAAUUAAUGAGGUUUUGUGGAGUUUCCCUUCUGUGGACGGCACGGGCAACAUCGAUGCUUAUCUAUGGGCCGAGUGUGACUACAAAUUUGUUGCCCCGGGGCGGUUACAAGUAGAGACUCCUUCGCACUCAGUGAAGAUUGUAGAAACGGAAGACGGUAAGAAGCAAACAUUACCAGAUGACAUGCAGAAGGUGAUUACUGCUUUGCGAAGUGCGUUGCCGAUUGACUUCUUCGAACCGCAAGGCCUCCUCGACGUCAGCUAUAUUGAACCGAACUUCCGUCUCGGCCGGUUCGUGGGCAAAAGACUUGCUGGUGUGCGAAACGUUUUUGUUAGAGAGGGUACUGAUGGGUAA